AACCAAAUAUCGCAAAAUGGGUCGUCUUGUAGGGUUGGAAUUACACAACUUCAAGUCGUAUCGAGGCACAUCGAGCAUUGGAUUCGGGAGUUCUUGUUUCACCUCGAUCAUUGGUCCAAAUGGUGCUGGGAAGUCUAAUAUGAUGGACGCGAUCUCAUUUGUGCUUGGGAUCAAAUCCUCACAAUUACGGUCACAAAAUAUGAAAGAUUUGAUCUAUAGAGGUAGACGUGGAGGAGGAGCAGGUGCCCAGGAUGGCGAAGAAGACGGUCUUGACGUAGACACACAAGACCCAAGCCGAGCAUAUGUGACGUGCGUGUACGAGAAGGAUGAUGGCGAAGAGUUAAAACUUCAAAGAACGAUUACGUCCACUGGGACAAGUGAAUAUCGUGUUAAUGGUAAGGCGGUCACAGCACUUCAAUACUCCACGAUCUUGAAGAAGGAGAAUAUAUUGAUCAAGGCGAGGAACUUUCUUGUAUUUCAAGGAGAUGUAGAACAAAUCGCGUCUCAAUCACCUCGAGACUUAACUCAAUUAAUCGAAACAAUUAGUGGAUCUACUGAAUAUAUCAAGGAAUAUGAGACAUUAAAGGAGGAACGUGAAAAGGCUCAUGAAGUGUCAAACUCUGUAUUUUCCAGAAAGAGAAUCCUCAAUUCCGAAUCUAAACAAUAUAAGGAACAACUUGUUGAACAAGAGGCAUUUGAACGUAAGCUCACCGAUAAGAGUAAAUUGAUUAAAUUGAUCAAUUUGUAUAAGCUUUUCCAUAAUGAAAGGAGACACGACGAGUUGAGUGACGUGGUUGCCAUUGAAUCCGAUAGAUUGAAAGAAUUCAAACGGAAAUUGAAGUCUGAAGAAAGUUCAUUGCGUAGUCUUAUGUCUGACUAUUCUAAACAACAACUUAAAGCUAAAAAGACUCAGAAUUUAUUAGCUGAACUACAACAAAAGGCAGAAUCUAAAAAGAGAAAUAUCAUUCCUACAGAAGCCACCAAGAAAUCUUUAGUAUCAAAGAUUGGAAAUUGUCGUAAUAAGAUACGCGAAUUGAAUUCAGAUGUAUCAAAGCAACAACAUCAAUUAAAUACUGUGGAACGUCAAUUAAAGGAUGCACAGAAGUUGAUGGAACAGUUUUUGGCCAAAAUUGUUCCUUCAAGUAAUAGCGGAGUAUCUGCCGAAGGUCAACGAGAAUAUGAAUCAUUGAGAGCACAAUUCCUUUCAUCUAAUGGAUCACAAUUGGAAGAAACUUUAAGUCUUCUUAUUUCUGAAAGGGAUUCCUGUUCAAUCACGAUUUCUAACUUUGAUAAACAGAAAUUGAAUUCGGAAAGUAGAAUAACGGAAUUGAAAGAUAUUUUAGAAGAUGAACUUCAAGGGAAACUCGAGCACAUUUCCAACGAGAUAAACGACGCGUUGACGCUUCGUGCAAAGAAGGAACGUGGCAAGACAGAAUUGAUCCAAAAGGGUGAACAAUAUAAAUAUAAAGAGUUGGAAUUGAAUACACAAUUGCGUGAUAUCUUGGUUAAACUUGAUGAUUUAUCAUCUCAACAAAGGGAAUCUCAAAAGCAAAGGAAAUUACGGGAGAACGUUGCCAUGUUGAAGAAGAGUUUCCCUAAAGGGGCCAUCAAGGGACUCGUUUCUGAUUUAGUUCGUCCAAGUCAACAUAAAUAUGAAGCUGCCUUACUGACAUUGUUGGGACAAAAUUUUGAUUCUAUUGUUGUUGAAACCACUUCAGUUGCAUACAAAUGUAUCGAGACCCUCAAGGAGAGACGUAGUGGUGUUGCAACAUUUAUCCCACUUGAUUCGGUAUCUAAUGAUUCAUUUAACUUGGGAUAUUUGAGAUCAUUACAUGAAAAUGUCAUGCCUGGGCUUGACAUCUUGGAAUAUGAUGAUCCAUCAUUAGAGCAAGCUAUUCAAUAUGUCAUUGGCGAUGCCUUGGUUGCUGAUACAGUGGAAACAGCCAGUGAAUUAAAAUGGGGUUCCAGAAGUGGACAACCUUUGGAUAAGAAGAUUGUAACCAUGGAUGGUUCAGUGAUUCAUCGCUCUGGAUUAAUGACUGGUGGUAGACAAGCACAGAGAUCGGGAGCAAGUUUGAAUUGGGAUAAGAAUGAAUGGAAGAAUUUAAAUGAAUUAAAAGAUGAAUUACUUUUAAAGUUGUCAAAGUUAAAUGAAGAGAAACCAAAGGAAAUGGAUAUCAAACAAUUUACCGAUGAGAUUAAUCAAGUUGAUGAUAAACUCCCAUUAUUGAGAAAUCAAAAGUCAAACAUUGAACGUAUUAUUGAAGAUAGAAAAUCUGAAAUUGAUUUCCAUCGUGAAGCGUUCAAAAAGCUUGCUAAAGAUCAACAGAAGAAACAAGAAAAAUUGAAUGAAAUAGACGAAGAAUUAAAUGAAACAAGAGAUGAGAUUCGUCAAUUACAAAGCACAAUUUAUGCUGAUUUUUGUGAAAAAUACGGGUUUACCAAGGGGAUUCAAGACUAUGAAGAGCUACAUGGAUCUGCAUUGAGAAGUAGAGCCAAGGAAAGAGCACAAUUUUCCAAGGCUGUUUCGACAUUGUCAUCCAAGGUUGAUUUCGAGAAGGAAAAGCUAGCUGCUUCGGAAAGAAGACAAGCCAAACUUUCAGGACAACUUUUAGAGUACGAAGAUCAAUUAUCUGAACUUUUGGAAGAGAUUGAAACUCUUCAAGAUGAAUGCGAUCAAGUUGAAGCUGAAAUAGAAGUUACCCAGGGAGAAUAUAAGAAACUUAAUGAGAAGCUUCUGACCAAGAUGAAAUCUGUUAAGUCCGUCGAGGCUAACAUUGAAGAUGUGAAUUCUGAUAUUAGUGAAGUUACGAAACUGAUAAUAUCAUCGGAAGAAUCAAUAUUGAAGGUGGAUAUGGAAAGAGUGAAUAUCUUGAAGAACUGUAAAAUUGAGAGUGUUAACUUACCCUUGAAGGAUGGAUUACUCGAUCUUUUACCAAUCGGAGAUGACGUGGACUCACUCAUCAAGGAUAUAUAUGAUAUUCAAAUUGAUUACUCUAGCGUGGGAGAGAAAUUAAGAGAAUCGUUUAAUGCUAAAGUUGAAGCUGAAUUACAAGCAAAACUUGAACAAGUUAUUGAAGAUUUAGAUCAACUUGCCCCUAAUGCCAAGGCAGUCGAAAGAUUGAAGGAUGUCGAAGUAAAAUUGAGAGAAUUUGAUAAGGAUUUUACAAAGGCAAGACAGAAGGAAAACAAGGUAAUCGAUAAAUUUAACGCAGUCAAGGAUAAACGAUAUGAAUUAUUUAUGGAUGCAUUUAAUCACAUUUCCAAUCAAAUUGAUGGUAUUUACAAGGAGUUGACCAAAUCUGAAGUUUCACCUCUAGGAGGAUCUGCUUACUUGACGUUGGAAGAUGAAGACGAUCCAUAUACUGCCGGGAUCAAGUACCACGCAAUGCCUCCAAUGAAAAGAUUCAGAGAUAUGGAGUUACUUUCUGGAGGAGAGAAGACUAUUGCAGCAUUAGCUUUACUUUUCGCAGUGCAUUCAUUCCAACCAUCUCCAUUCUUUGUACUUGACGAGGUUGAUGCUGCCUUGGACAACUCCAAUGUCAGCAAGAUUGCCAACUACAUUCGUACUCAUGCUGGUCCAAACUUCCAAUUUAUUGUCAUAUCGCUUAAAAACUCAUUAUUUGAGAAAUCUGAUGCAUUGGUUGGGAUUUACCGAGACCAAAGAGAAAACAGUUCAAAAACUGUUACUUUAGAUUUGAGAGAAUAUGAAGAUGAAGAGCCCACACAGGUACCCGUGGGAGCUUAGAACCGAGCUAAAAUGUAUACAUAUAUAUAAUUUAUUAAAUGAUUAAUGGGAAGGCCACCAAGGGAGUAGAUGUUAUUUUUUUUUUCUUUUUUUUUGCAACUCUUGCAACCUAAAAUGGAAAUCGUAUUCGUAUAUCGCGAUGAUAAGUUUUAUUGAUGAUCACCAAGCUAGAGCUCUAGGAAU